GUUGUUCUUUUUGUCUUGUUUCUUUUAUUAGAGGGGACGUGCGACGAAAGUUGGGAUUAAGGAGAAAAGAGAGAGAGAAAAGAGAUAUUUGGCAGAAUGUUUGGUCAACAAGUUGCUCGUGGCGGGCGCCGAAUCGGUCAGAUCGCUCGAAGUGGCCAACAGUCGCCGCUUGCUGCGAUCAAAGGGGCCGGUCAGCGACGAUGCUAUGCUGAGGCUGCACAGGCCGCGGCAGCUCCCAAGGGACGAGUCGGACGAGGUCUCGGCCUAAUCCUCUACGGCGUCGCAUUUGGAAGCAUCGGAGCAGCAGCAACAUGGUACUCGAUGGUACAGCAGGGCUUUUCUCACUUCACAGACGCCGAGACUUCGAAGCUGUUUGUGCCCGACACCGACGAGAUCCAGCGCAUCGAAGACACAAUCAACAACCACCCGCUGGUCAAGGAACUGCGAUCACGGCCCGAGUUCAAGGAGUCGCGGCCGCACCUCAAGAUGGCGAAUGGCAUCCGCAACCAGAGCCUCACCGCCGGCGUCCUGCAGGGCAACGGCAAGAUGGUGGUCCCUCCAAUCGCAUUCAUCGAAGACGGCGGAAAGUCCAUUGUCAGCAUCACCUACAUCGGCGACCAGGUCUGCGGCCACCCGGGCCUUGUCCACGGAGGGUUCCUGGCGACGAUGCUGGACGAAGGCAUGGCGCGGGGAUGCUUUGGCGCGCUGCCGCACAACAUUGCCGUGACGGCCAACCUGGAGGUCAACUAUCGCAAGCCGACGCCGGCGAAUAGCUUCCUGGUGCUUCGCGGAACGACGACAAAGGUCGAGGGACGCAAGGCGUGGUCUGUGGGAAGCAUCGAGACGUUGCCGGAGCCGGGCGAGAAGCCGACGGUGUUGGUCGAGGCGAAGGGACUGUUCAUCUCGCCCAAGUAUGCAGCCUUGAUGCCCUCAAUUGUAUAAGCAUUUAUAUGGAAUAGCGGACUGCUGAGAGCGGGCGAGAUUGGUCGGGCUGACGAUGCGGUGGCUGGAGAUUAGGAACGCGGCAUCUUUCUUUUUUACUUUGCUUUGACUUGCAUUGCUCUUUUAAUCAUUUUACUUUUAUUCCUGGGAGAAAGCGACAGGAGGCAUCGGAUAUACACACAGAGUUAUCAGAUACAUUACAUGAGGAUAUACGUUGUACAUAUGAGAUAAUAGAGGGUACUUGUUAGUACCUAGAGGUUUAGAGUAGACGAAGGAUUGUCUUUUACAGCGAUUAGGAAGAACCGAGCCUUUUUGAUGCUUUACAUUGGCAUAAAACAACCACAUAGAGACUCAUCAUCAGUGAAACGACAUGCCAGGUAGGUAGCUAUACUGCUUACAAAGAAGGAAGAAAAAAGCCUUUUAGCAUAAAAAACAGCGGGGAUCACACAGCGGAAGUCGGCGGUUUCGGGCUGUCGCCAUCAGCCUCCUCAAUGAGCACAUCAUCCCCCUUGGCGUAGUUUGCCCAACGAUCUCUAGAAAAGCUGCCUUUAUAUGGGGUUGAGUGUGGGUUUUUUUCUUGUCUAGACUAGAUUGUAACUUAUUUUUUUUGUUAGUACUAGCAGUACGCGGAGAAGAAAUAACGGCUGGCGAUGACGGCGAGGGCCCGAAAUGUCAUGGUGGAAGUAGGUACGUACGCAUGCAGAAUGAUCGCCCAUCUCGCAUAUCGCCAUUAAACCGUCCAUCCCUUUAUAUAUCGCAACUCUUAUUUCCACACCUCUUUCCAUUGACUUUCUCCCCAUCGUCUUUUUUUAUCUACUUUAUUUUUCUGUCUUUGUUAAACAAGCGACGUAUCUCAUUGGAAUUCCAUUUUCCUUGUUAAAUCCCGUCUCAUAUACACAAUGGCCACCAACAUCACCUGGCAUCCGUCCCUCUCCCGCCGCGAGCGCAACCAGCUGCGCUCCCAGCGCGGCCUCACAAUCUGGCUGACGGGCCUCUCCGCCUCGGGCAAGUCCACCGUCGCCACCGCCCUGGAGCAGCACCUCCUGCACCUGGGCCUCUCCGCCUACCGCCUCGACGGCGAUAACGUGCGCUUCGGCCUCAACAAGGACCUGGGCUUCUCCGAGGCCGACCGCAACGAGAACAUCCGCCGCAUCGGCGAGGUCGCCAAGCUCUUUGCCGACUCGGCCACCAUUGCCAUCACCUCCUUCAUCUCGCCCUACCGCGCCGACCGCGAUCUUGCGCGCCAGCUGCACGCCCAGACCAACCAGGACGCCGACGAGCCCAUUCCCUUUAUCGAGGUUUUUGUCGACGUGCCCCUCGAAGUGGCUGAGCAGCGCGACCCCAAGGGCCUGUACAAAAAGGCCCGCGCUGGCGAGAUCAAGGAGUUCACUGGCAUCUCUGCGCCGUAUGAGGAGCCUUUGAACGCCGAGAUUACAAUCAAGACUCACGAGAAUACCGUCGAGGAAUGCGUUGCGCAGAUCACAAACUGGCUCAGUGAAAAGGGCUACAUUAAGAGCGCAGAGGUCAAGAAUUAAAAAAGCAACAAUAAAAAUAACGAAAAUGCAGUAACAAAAGUCAUAUUGGGAUUCAAGUGUAAGAUGAGGACACCCAUGGUUAAUGGGCUGUAGAUGCUAUUUGCCUUUGUCACUCUAGACCUCUUUCCUAGAAGGUCUUAGAAGGUUGAUUGAUUGAUUGAUAGAGAAGAAGAGGGAAACGGAAAAUGUGAAACAUUGUCUUUAAAAGUCUUUAGAAGAAAGUUGAACCGACAAACAUAGAAUACAGGCGCAUGACGCUUUUAGAAAGAAAUUCUCUCUAUAUCCGCUUCAGGGAAAUUCAGCCUCAUAAUAAACAAAAGCCGUGUACUCGUUUCCUUCGCCGGUCCCUAAUCCCGCCGCGGCCAUCUCUGAGCUAAGGGCAGCAUCGUCUUUCGUGACCCUACCGUGCUUAUCCCUUCCGAACGCAUUUCCGCCCAGGUAUGAGUACUUUGAGUCCAACGCUGCCUUUGCCUUGGGGGCCAGCU